AUGCGGUUCAUCGGUGCACGACACCUCCCGCUCGUCGUACUCAGCGCUCUGCCGGCCGGCGUGCUGGGUGGCAGUAUCCUCAGCACAGAUGGCUUCUCGCAGUGUAUCAAUAACCCGACGGUGAAGGUCACGAACCUGGAUGUCACAUACAACAAGGACACUCGGACACUAGAUUUCGAUGUUGCCGGCAUCAGCACGGAGAAGCAGAAGGUGAAGGCGGCGUUGGUGGUGAGCGCGUAUGGGAGGGAGGUGUACACAAAGGACUUCAACCCAUGCGAGAAUGACAUGCCGGAGAUGUGUCCUCUGCCCGAUACCGAUUUCUCGUCUCACGGCUCGCAAACCAUCCCCGAGGAGUAUGCUUCGCAGAUACCGAGCAUUGCAUUCUCUGUACCAGACCUCGAUGGCAACGUGAAACUACAACUCACGAACGUGGACACAGGAAAGCAGGUCGGCUGCGUGGAGUCAACGGUCGGGAACGGAAACACCCUGAACAUGCCCCUGAUAUCAUACGUGGCUGCUGGUAUUGCAGCGGCGGCACUUGCGCUAUCAGCGCUCUCCGCACUCGCAGCGGGUGGUCACCCCGGCGCAGCAACCUCCUCUCCAUCUUUCGGUGAAGUGAUUCACUGGUUCCAAGGAAUGGCGAUGAACGGCAUGUUGAGCGUCCCAUACCCGCAAGUGUACCGCAGCUUCACGACGAACUUUGCCUUCUCGACUGGACUGGUGCCGUGGGGCUCGAUGCAGACGUCGAUUGACAACUUCCGCGCGAAGACAGGUGGAAAUCUGACACGCAGCAGCUACGAAUAUCUGCAGCACAACGCCACUCUGGUGUACGACGGGGGUAAUAGCACUGGCGGCGGCGCAGGCGGUUUGUUCAGGCGCGCACUGGACACAGCUGUUUUGUUUGCGCGCGACGGGACAGAUGUCAACGUCGGCGGUCAAUCAGCGAGCAUUGGAGGUGGCGAUGGUGGAAACAACUCGACGCAAUCUGGGGGCACAGAAAAGGACCAGCGCUUCGUUUCGGGCAUCCAGGCCUACGUGGAGCAGCUGAGCAUCCCGAGCGAGAACACGUUCAUGACGGUACUCCUGAUCUGGGCCAUUGUCGUGGCGGCACUCAUCGUCAGCAUUCUCCUCUUCAAGGUCAUCCUGGAGGGCUGGAGCAUGAUUGGCAAAUUGCCGAAGUCACUCGAAUCCUGGCGCAGACGGUACUGGUGGAGGUUGGCGAAGGCCAUCACCAAUUUGAUCCUGCUGCUUUACGGCGUGUGGACGCUUUACUGUGUCUACCAAUUCACCAACGGCGACUCCUGGGCGGCGAAGGUACUGGCUGGUAUCACGCUUGGCCUCUUCACGCUCGUCCUCGCAUGGUUCACCUGGAGAAUUUGGUCCAAGGCCAAGCAGUCGAAGCAGAUGGACGGAGACGCUGGCAGGCUCUACGAGGACAAGGAGACCUGGGUCAAGUACAGCCUGUUCUACGACGCCUUCAAGAAGAACUACUACCUUUUCUUCGUCCCGACGAUCGUCUACAUGUUCGCCAAGGGCUGCAUCAUCGCCGGCGGCAACGGACACGGUCUUACCCAAGCAGCCGGCCAGCUCGCUGUGGAAGCCAUCAUGCUCAUCCUCCUCCUCUGGACCCGCCCUUACCAGCUCAAGAGCGGCCGUUGGAUCAACAUCAUCAUCCACGUCGUCCGUGUCGCCUCCGUGGUCUGCAUCCUGGUCUUCGUCGAAGAACUCGGCAUCUCCCAAACCACCAAGACCAUCACCGGCGUCGUCCUCAUCGUCGUGCAAUCCGUGCUUACCGCCGUCCUCGCCAUUCUGAUCGCCGUCAACGCCCUCAUCGUCUGCAUCAAGGAGAACCCGCACCGCAAGCAGCGCAAGGAGGCGGAGAAGAUGAACCGCGACCUCGACAACCUCACCCCGCUCGACGCCCGCAACUCGCUCCUUAUGGAACCGAUGGCGCAGCACAACACGGCUUACAAGGGCGCUGCGCCUACCGUCGGACCUUUCAGCGACCCCAAGGGCCGCUACGACCCGGUGCCGCCACGGCCUGCGUCGCCUGCGUUCACGGAGAGCACGACGUACACGCGCCAGCCGCGCUUCCGAAGGGAAGAGAGCCGUGAUAACCUCGUCUCUAGCGCGGCGAGCAUGGGUCGGAGGGACAGGAGCGUGAGCGUGAGCACCAGUCCACCGGAUAGGCAGCCCACCUUGCCAGCGCUUGACUUUGGCUUUGACAACCAUGGCCAUGCACGAUAA